AAAAAUUAUAAUGUUUAACCUAGUUACUGGGACAGCUAUCGGAAUCUAUUGAUAAGACCUAUGUGCAGUUGACAGGAGACAUGUUAUUUGUCCUGAGCAUAAUCGUAUUUCUGUCUGUUAGCUCAGUGGCAGUGCAGGAUUGCCACGACAUUGAUCCAGCAGCAUGUCAGUUGAUGGCAAAGCAAAGACCAGACCUUUGCUCUGACGAAACAAUCGCUAAAACUGCAUGUCCACAAUUCUGUAAACAAUGUCCGGUUACAUGCUACCAGUGUAAUGCUACUGUGAAUGACUAUCAUCUAUGUAACACGAAGAUGGCCUGCCGGGAAGGACAGAUGUGUAUGAGGAAAGAGCUGAAAUCUGCAAUUGACGGACAUCACGAAUAUGAAAUGACGUGUGCAGAAAAACAGGCGUGUGACAAUCCGUGGAGUGGAUUGAGUGCCUUUGGAAAACGUGACAUAGCACCACGUGAUGUAUCAGUGACCUGUUGUUCGGAUGAUCUCUGUAAUUACCCUGAACCACUAACUACAACAACACAGUCAACGGUUACAGGUUGCAUCCGUGACUUGGUGUUGAUUGUUGAUGAGUCGACAAGUGUCAAAAGAUACCACAGCGACAUAAACAGAUUUCUCCACGACGUUGUUGCCCCUUUGCCCGUUAACGAUGCAGAAGUACAUGUGUCUCUCGGAUUUUUUACAACGGCUUCUAGACCGAUAUUUGACCUUGAUGACCUCCAUUCUAAGUCUGCGGUACUGCAAGCAUUAGGUAGUCAGACAAUACAGGGAGGUCACGGAGACAUCAAUGAAGGCUUGAAAUAUGUAGUAAACCACGCUUUGACACCCGCCGCCGGCGAUCGUACAUCAGCAAAAAAUGUUGUGAUUAUUAUCACUGAUGAUGGAUCAGACAACAAAGCACUUCUGACGCCUUUAGAGCAUGCGGUACAUUCGAAGGCUGACGUAAUAUCCGUAGUUAUUGGACACGUGCAUUUGGCUAGUCUAGCAUCUGACAGACAUUACGCAUUCCACAUGCCGUCAGCGAGCGGCCUUUCGAAGAUUUCAAAACAAGUCUCUGAUUUGAUUUGUACCUAAGAAAAAGAAAAAAAAACAAUAAAGAUCGU